CACAGCAUGGGGCAGCACAUUUUUUAGGGAAAAUAUCAGGGAAAGCAGUUGUAAAGAAGAACAUAGACUGUCAGAAAGAGAGAGGGAUUGGGAUACGAGCUGUCAGAAAAGAGAAACAAAAAGAGAGCAUAGAAAAAUAGAAAAUUGAUCCCACCACAUAAUUACAUGCCCUACUCAGAUCCAUUGCUCUUUAUCAUCAUCUUCAUCAUCCUCUAAAUGCUUAAUUGGUUAAUAAGAAUCAAUAACAAUCCCAAUGGCCAAUGACAGUGACUUCCUUCGUUCUUCCGACUCAUCCAUCUCCUUCCUUGAUGUCUUCAAUGACACAGAGAUCAAAGAUGACAUCAAUGUCCUGUUCUCGAACAGCACUGUUGAGGAUCCCAGCGUUGUGAGUAACAACGCCACCACAGCCAUUGGGGCCCUCAUCCUGGGCCUGGUCUUCCUCCUCGGUGUUCCAGGGAACCUCUUCAUCAUCUGGAGUAUCCUGGCCCGUGCCCGCCGACGCUCCGUCACCACCAUCCUCAUCCUCAACCUGGCGUGCGCCGACGGCUCCCUCAUGUGCCUCACCAUCUUCUUCAUCAUCUAUUUGGCUAGGCGGAACUGGGACUUUGGCACCUACAUGUGCAAGGGGGUGUUUUACCUGUGCAACACAAACAUGUAUGCCUCCAUCUUCCUCAUCACGCUGAUGAGCCUGCACAGGCUGGUGGCAGUGGUUUGGCCCCAGCGGGUAGCGGCCCUGGCCAGCAAGAAGAUGGUAGUGCGGGCAAUAGUUGUGCUCUGGGUCCUGGUGUUCUUCAUGGCUAUCCCAGCUCUGGUGUUCAGGGAGCAGAGGGAUGAUCGUGACGAACUGAACAAAACCCAACGGGUUUGUGCCUCAGAUCACGGAAUGCCUCAACAUUUGGUGUUCCAGUACACCUUUGAGACUGUGGUGGGAUUCCUGGUUCCGUACGGGAUUAUAGUGAGCAGCUACGUCUGCAUCCUGAGACGCCUCAGACAGACCAAAUUCCAUCGCAAGGUCCGCAGUGAGAAUCUCAUCCUGGCCAUCGUUGUGAUGUUUGCCAUCUUCUGGUUGCCCUAUCACGUCAUCAACAUAAUACAGGUGGUGGCUGAGCAUUUGAAAGACGAUUCAGCAACAAAAAAGAGACUAUAUAUGAUAUGGCAGUCCAGUCGUGCUGUGACCUCCGCUCUGGCCUUCAUCAGCAGCUGUGCCAACCCUAUUCUCUACACAUUCGCUGGGAAGUCCUACAUCAGAGAGAACGGCAUGGCCUUCAUGGCUCGCCUCUUUGAAGGGACAUCUCUGGACACUGGGAUAAGGAAGGGCCAGCAGACAACCAGGGGCAGGGAGGGGAAAAGACUCAAAGAGACAUUGUCUUUCAGCAGCACUGGGGGCAAUGCUGUGAUGAAAUGAAAAUAGACACUCAUAUGCAGGGUUGCACUGCACAUGCUAUCCACUCAUCAUGACGAUGCACUCCUGCACACAGACUUCUUACAUUUUUUUUUAUUGCUAUAUAGAUCUGCUCCUCUACUUGCAUAUGGGACCAUCUGAAACAAUCCCUACAAUAUUCAGUGCACCUCAUGUGAGACACAAGUUUCUCACUAGACCCGACUUCUCUGCCACAAUUCUUUUGUAAAUGUGUUUGUCAAAUGUGCCUUUUUUACUUUUAAUUCAUUUCUUGUGCCUCUUGAAUGUUUGUUGAAUUGCACGCGGGCAUUCAAUGCCCUGCGUUGACAGCCACACACCCAACAACCACAGUACUAGCACACAAACACAUAUUCUCAACCCCUGCCGCAUGGAGAGCAUCACUCCAGACACCACACAGCCAGAACACCACACAGCCAGAGCAGCACACAGCCAGAGCAGCACACAGCUGGAGCAGCACCCAGCCAGACCAGCACACAGCCGGAGCAGCACACAGCCAGACACCACCCAGCCAGAGCACCACACAGCUAGAGCACCACCCAGCCAGAGCACCACCCAGCCAGAGCAGCGCACAGCCAGAGCAGCACCCAGCCAGACACCACCCAGCCAGAGCACCACCCAGCCAGAGCAGCGCACAGGCAGAGCACCACACAGACAGAGCAGCACCCAGCCAGAGCAGCACACAGCCAGAGCACCACCUAGCCAGAGCACCACCCAGCCAGAGCACCACCCAGCCAGAGCAGCACACAGCCAGAGCAGCACACAGCCAGAGCAGCACACAGCCAGAGCAGCACACAGCCAGAGCAGCACACAGCGAGAGCAGCACACAGAGGACAGCAUUGUCAUCCUGUGUGACUCCAACGACAAAUAUCUUGAUGGAAGACGGCUGUUCCCAAAGAGAGGAGUGAGGAAGAUCUGGUGCCCAACUAUGCAGUCAGCCCUUGGGAUCCUGGCAGAGCAGAGACUGAGACCACCGAAUCACAUAAUCUUUCACACAGGGACGAAAAAUCUCUGCAAGCAGGGUGGAUGUAACCAAGGCUCUGACCAAGAUGUUUUAUUUUUUAUUUGUUUUAUUCAGUUUAAUUUAGUAAAUACUAAAUUGUUGGUUAAGGGCUUGUAAGUAAGCAUUUCACUGUAAGGUCUACAGCUGUUGUAUUCGGUCCAUCUGACAAAUAAAAUGUGAUUUGAUUUGA